AUGGAGAACAACUUUCAUCUUGGACCACGCUUCAGCAACUUCAAGGUGGUCGGUAGAGGCUCUUUCGGAGAAGUCUGCUCGGCUUUGGACUCUCAGCAGGGGAAACGAGUCGCCAUCAAGAAGGUCUUCCCCAUGUCCCGCGACGUCGUCAGCGCCAAGCACGCUCUGCGCGAGAUAAGGCUCAUGAGGUAUCUCGAGCCUCACCCGAACAUCGUCUCCCUGGAGGACCUGUUGGUCAACCAGCAAUACGACGAGCUCUACAUCGUCAUGGAGCUUUUGGACUGCGACCUCCACUACGUGAUCAACAAGUCCAACCAGCCCCUCGAUGACGUACACCACCGCUACUUCAUGUUCCAGAUUCUCAAGGGGGUCAAGUUCCUCCAUGACAACCGCGUCAUCCACCGUGAUCUCAAACCGAGCAACAUCCUAGCCACGAAGAGGUGCCAGCUGCGGAUCACCGACUUCGGGUUGGCGAGGCUGAGGCCCACGGGUGCAGGUCCCGACCCCGACAAUGAGGACCCUGACCCUCUAUCCUUAACCCAGGUGGACAACCCUAUGACCGAGACUGCCGUGACCAGGUGGUACCGCCCGCCCGAGUUGAUGCUCUGCCCCGACGGCCUGUACGGCUACGCUGUGGACCUGUGGAGCGUCGGCUGCAUAUUCGCCGAGAUGCUAGGCCGCCAGCCGUUUUUCCCCGGCCAGGAUUUCAAGAAACAGCUUUCACUCAUUUUCGAUGCUGUGGGGUCACCCCAGCCGCACGAGGUGGCUCACAUCCGAAAUCCCGAGGCAAUCCGCUUCUUGGAGUCGAUGCAGGGCCGAGUUAAGGUGCCCUUCGCCGACCUUCUACCGAACGCGUCGGAAGCCUCACUUGCCCUAUUGGAAAGGCUGCUUGUCUUCGACCCCCCGUGCCGCUUCUCGGCGGACGAGGCCCUCAGCCACCGAUACUUUCAACCUCUCAGUGGGAGGAUCCACGUACCCCCCGACCCGGAGGUGGCCCCAGGCUUGGACUUUGACUUCGAGAGUGAGCCCAUGCACCAAGAACAGCUGCGGAACAUGAUCUUGCAGGAGGUGGCGUUAUUUCAUGGGUACGCGGUGCAAGAGGAGGAAAAGGAGGAAGCAGAGGAUGAAGACGAAGACGAAGACGAAGACGACGACGAAGAUGAUGAUGACGAUGACGACGAUGGCGAGGAUGGCAACGGUGGGGCCUCCAUGGGUCACUACGAUCACGCUUCUUCCACUGCUCGUGCUCCACCUCCCACUCACCACCACCGCAUGAUGAGCAACAGCGGUAUCGAUCACAACAGUUACAGCAACUACGUGCACAACAUGGGUCCAGGGCACAACCACGCCGACCACAGCGCAAAUAUUGCCCACAGCACAUACUUCAACAGGAUCGGCGCGAGCGCACGGCCGCAAGCCCCGGUAGCAGGUAUGCCAGGUUCGCUUCCCACUACCACGGCUUCUGUGCAGAAAAACGUACGCUCUUGUGGGGAAUCGACGCAUCUAUCUUUCAUUCAGUCACGAAGAGCGCUUAAGAGUAGAAUAUAG